AUGUCCCAAAUCCCUUACCAGCUGCGAACACCUGGUGCAUCAGAAAUAUUGCCAAGACUAUAUGUCUCAGAUCUCUCUUUCGCAGAGAACCCUGCUGCACUCGCCACACUGGGUAUAACCCACAUCCUCUCCGCAAUGCGCGGAUACGUUGCAAUACCACAUGAGCUACCCAUCCAUCGUGCUCAAUACCCCCUCGAGGACCUUCCAUUUUCCGAGCUCGCCGCCCAUCUUCCAUCCGCAACCGCCUUCAUCCGCAGUGCACUGCACGAUCCAAAUGCACGAAUCCUUGUGCACUGCAUGGAAGGAGUGAGCCGCAGCACCAGCGUGGUUUGCGCAUUUCUCAUAUCAGAGUACGGCUGGACUCCAGCACAAGCUAUCCAAUACGUCAAAACGAGACGAAGAUCUGCCGAACCUAAUUUUGGAUUUGUGCAGCAGCUGCAGGAGUAUGCAGACACGCUACGGCGUUGA